UCUGCGUUUUUCCGCCUGACUGUUCUUAUACUUCGCUUGAGUUCCGGUCAUAUAAUAUGUUAUGAAUAAGUAGUGAAAGAAUGCGGUCCGGAAAAGCUUCCCAAACAAAAGCACUCUGUAUUUCGAGGCGACACGCAUGGCUGAGGGCACGGUGGUUUGAUGGAGUUUGAACUUUCUCGCUCUGUAGCCGAUUGUAUUUAAUUCCGGCGUGAAUUGAAUUUCUCGACGCACGUUUUGUUGAGUAGUGCAAAGGUUUCUGACUACUAAUGGAGACUUAAGUCAUGAUUUGGACGAGUUUGGAAGUUAUCACGACAGAUAGGCUGGGAUUCCUCGACAAGCGCGUCGCCGAGAGCAGGGUUAAUUUAUUUUGGCGCGCUUGUCAAAUUUCGCUGAACUGAUGUUGUGAACUGCAUGUUGGUCUGUUCUUCUUUGUGAACCUGCUCUGUCAUUCCACCGUUGUUCUUUGGUUAAACUGGUCAGAACUAAGCGAAUUUGGAGGUUUGUAGAAGUCGCAAAUUCGGCGGCUGUGAACACAGCGAUCGGGGAUAUUUUGUUUACAAAAUGUGACACUAAACGUAAUGGUUAACAAGAGCUGCUGAGAGGUUUGUUGCGACGAACAGAUGUGAUGCAGCGCUCUCUGCUGCUCAGUUUCUCUACUUAGUAAUACAUAUAUUGGAUACAGAAGUAUGUGCCAGCUUUCUUUAUCACCUAAAAGUAUUUUUGUAUUCAUGGCGUGCUCAGAUAAAUGGGUCUUUUAUUUGUAAGGAAUGAAUAUGGUUGACUAACCUUUUAUCCAGUUCUAUAUUUAUAAAUUGUCUCUGCGAUUUGUCGCAGCAUAACCAAACGAUUUGAUCUGAGGGCACAGGUACUGAGGAUUUGUCUUCCAAAUGUCAUGGCCCCUUGUGUGGGACAAAAUUUAAAUGAUCUCUCUAUUUCAACUAGUCAUUUCUUGAAUAAACCACUUGUGCAAAUCACCUUUGUUGUGAAAACACUAUAGGGCAUUUGUUAUAAAUUUGCUCUAUUUUUAUCCUACCCGAGUCUAUGGUUUUAAUGAGGAGCCUCUACAUGAACUUUACAGUAGGUCUGCAACAAAAUUUGAAACACUACAUCAUGUUGGGGACAUCAAAGAAAUUUUUGUCUCUUUCUAUUGGGUAGUUUCAACCCUGAGCAGUUUUCAGUCGUUUCAGUUUGAGUUUUGAAGCUUAACUUUUCAAGUAAAAUAAGUUAUUCCACCAUUCCCUACCAAUGAUUGGAUCUGUAGAGUUUAUACUGACAGUGCACAGGACUCCAAUAGUAUAUAAAUUCAAGUAAAACAGGCUUUUAUUUUUCCUUCACUUGGUUUAAAAUUUUCCAAAGGGUCUUGAUAGUAGUAGACAAGUCAAGAAUUUUAAGAAAACGACAAAAUGUUUGAGUUUACAAACAUAUUUGGACAGAAACUUCUGUCAUCCUCAGUUAAUCCAAGUACAAAGCACUUUUUCAAACAUCUGCAAAAUUCUGAACAUUGUCGUGCCCUGUGUUCUACAGAUUGUUUCCAUGUUUUGGAUCACGCCUCCACCAGUUUUUAACUUAAAAGAUGCUAUUCAUAUUCAGAGAGAACAACCCUCUUGGAAUCAACAAUUACACCAUGUUAAUGUAAAACUAUCUCUUUAAUUCUCGCACUUUCAUGCUUUGCUUCAUUCUGUUGUUACUAUUUAUCACAAUUAGCAUUUUCUACUUGUUAUAAAUCGAGCUACCAUCGCUUUGUACUUGGAUUAAAUGAGGAUGACAGAAGUUUCCGUCAAAACAUGUUUUGUAAACUCAAAGGUUUUGUUGUUUUUCUAAAAUUCUGUUUAAAAUGUUGUUGUAAAAGUAUUACCUUCAUAAUUAUAAGCACAGGAGUGUUCUAACUUCUAGUCAAAGGCCUGUUUGCGAAAAAGUAAUUUUUUUCCUUAGUUCGUGUGAAGAGUCUCAAUCAGAAGUUGAUCAGAAGCACAGUUUGUAGUGGUAAUGGUUUAUUUUAUGAGAUUUGUCCCUAUAAGUGUGCAUGUUAUGUUCAGCAUUCUAUAAAAGUCUUUUCAAGUAAUCUGCAUCAGCUCUUGUGUGACUGCUAGGAAUACAUGUAUCUACAUGUAUAAAAUAAAUAGGAGACUUGUUUUGCCCUGAUUUUGAACAAAAUAUUCCUCAUGCAAAGGGGAAAAUCAAGCAAAAAGUGAGAAAGUCCUGAAGCCUAAUAGUGCAUUUAACAAGCAACAUGGCCUGAACACUUGUGGCAGUCUCUGACAUGACAUUGUGAUAGGAGUGGCAUGGAUAUUUUCUGGCAUAAGUUAAGUAUAAGUAUUUUACUCUUUAACAGGUUUGGAUUAGGAAUGGAAAGAGAUUUGAGUCUGACUGGAUCCACAAAACGGAAACUUAAUUUUGAUGAAUCAAGUUAUGAUGAUGGAAAAGGCAAAAGGUCUCGGUUGCAAGUCACAAUUCCUAGGCUACAAUUGUCUCAAAAACAGGUGGAGAGAUUACGAAAAAUCUCUUCAAAACAUCUGAAAGCACCAUUAACAGCUAACAAGGAAGUUGACGAGGAAAAUGUUGCUACUGUGAAUACCAGUGUCUCCUCAAGUGCAUCAACAACAGAAACAGGAUCAACAGAGACAACAGUAGUGAAAGAGCCAGUAACGACAGUAGAAGAGAGUCUACUGUCUACCUCCCCAAGUGCAUCAACAAUAGAGACAGUAUCAACAGAGACAACAAAAGUAGUGAAAGAGCCAGUAACGACAGUGGAAGAGAGUCCCAUCAGACACCGGUUGACAAACCUCUUAGAUGGAUCAUCCCUCAGUCCAUUACAGGAUAGUGUAGCGCACUCUGAUGAGGACAAUGUCAAAAGCAUUAACUGCAAGGGAGGAGGUCAACUAAACAAUGCUGAGGGUUUAUCAGGACCAGUGUCAACAGAGGAAAAUUUGUUUUGUUCAAACGAGCUCCCCUCCUCUGACAAUGGCUUAUCACCUUUAAUGCAUGAGGAAGAUUGUAUAACAGUACCUUGCCAUCCUGAUGUUGUGUCGAGGACCUGUAUGCAGGUUGAAAUAGGAUGCACUCAGACAUCAUCUGAUAACGACAGUCAAGCAGCCGAUGUCAUUACUGCCUCUGAGCAAGAUAAAGAAGUAAAUCAUGAAACGGACCAAACGCUGCAACCUUGGACGACGAGUGUUCCAGAGGAAGGAAAUGAACCCAGAAGUGUUUCCCCGGGUAGCCGUGACAUAUUAGGUCAGCUUUCCAAUAAUGCUCUGCCAGAUGAGAAUGAGGCUGAAAAUGGAAAUGCUGAAGAAAGCAGCGGUGUGAUGUCGAGAUCUGCUGAAGUACGUGCAGGAGAUAGCACGAUUGAUUAUUCAAGUGACUACAAUACGCUAGAGGCCAUGAAUACCUUACUGACAACGGUCACUGAAGAAAAAAGAGCCAGGACAGAACUAGAAGAACUAGUUUCACAUCUAGAAGAGAGAAAUAAAGAACUUCUCUUAGAGUGUGUAAAACUGAGGGACCUUGUGAAUGACUUGCUGCCUUCAUCCAAGGUGAAAAAUGAAACUGUUUCAAGAGGAAUUCAAAUCAAUAUGGACUUAAGCCUCCGCCGAGGAAGAGCUGUUGAUAGAGCAACAUCACCCUUGAGGAGGAUACGAGAGCCAUCUCCUGACUUAACUAUCCUAUCAUUUUCAACUGGAUGCCAGACAGUUGAUCUUUCAAAUGAAAUGAAGUCUACUGCGUGUCAAACUGAUCCCCCACUGGACGCAAGACUACUAGCAACGUGCGCAACACAAAGUGUUUCCCCUGCUCGAGUUCAAGGAAUUGUCAUGCCCAACGUCCAAGGGAGAGCUCCAGUGCAAGUUCCUAACCAUACUCAGGCAUCAAAUCCAGUUCAAUUAUCGUACAGCCAAACUCCUUCUUUCCAACAGCAGAGUGCUAAGGUGACAGUUUCUCAACCACUGGGUAUGCAAUCGCAACAAGGACAUACCACUUGGCAGAUGUUGGCGCAUAAGUUGGCAAAUAUUUUGCAGACAACAGGUUAUAAUAACGUUGCAAGUCCCCAUGCUACUACUCUUAACUCUCCUCAAGUCAAUAUCUGUCAACCAACAGGUGCAGCAUUGUAUGCGCAAGUACCUCAAAAUCAAUUGAUACCCAUAUCCUCUCUUACAACCACGCAGAUGUCCAGCAAUCAAGCACUUGUGGGAUCUAACCCAGCUGCUUAUAGUGGUGUUUACAAUACCGCCAUUCAACGAAAUGCAAUAAACUACAACACCCUGUCAACACAACAGGCCACUCGACCAGAUACGUUGAACCAAUCAACAGGGCAGAGGUUAAAUUUAAAUAUGGCUACAUUAAGUCCAUUAUUUACACAAAAUCAAUUAUUGGCACACAGUAGUGCAUCGUUAACACAUCAAACCGUCUCUUCUGCUCAGAGUACAUCACACAACAGUAGACCUGCCCAGUUUGUAGGCGCACUGCAACAUUCUACUCGGCAACAAACGACUCCAACUAGUUCAUUGCAGAUAUCUGCAAAUGCUAAAUCUGGUGUUCGAGAUGUCAUGCUACAUCUCGCCGAUGGCAUGAGACGUCAAAUUACCACUACUACGGCAGAAUCAUUAAGACACCCACAGCAACCAUUAGGGGCAUCUCUUCCAAGUAGGAUGGUUUAUAAUCAAGUAACUACCCCACAGCAUAAAGAGGGACUGCCUUUACAACAUCAAGCAUCACCACCUAUAGGGUCACAAGUACAGCAACACACAUUACGAAAUUCGCAGCAAUCACUAGGAACAUUUCCUCAAAGCAGGGUGGACUAUAAUCAAAGAACUGUCCCUAAGCAAGCAGGGGGACUUCGUAUUCAACAUCAAGUGCCGCAACCUGAGGGGUCACAAGUAAUGUCGCACACUCGAACAAGCUCCGCAUUAUCAAGAAAUUUGCAGCAACCAUUUGGAACAUUUCCUCAACGUAGAGUGGGCCACAAUCAAGUAGCUGCCCCACAGCAAACAGGGGGACUUCGUAUACAGCAUGAAGUGUCACAGCCUGAAUCUUCUCAAGCACACCUACAUGCCCAACCAGUACAACAGAACAAUGUGACCAGGAUGACUGGACAACAGUCUGAUCAGACCCCAUCAUCCUCCCGAACAUCAAGCACUGAUAAUCACCUCGCAGAUAGACUGCUUGAAGACGCGCUAGAGCGAAGAGCUGAAGCUCACGUUGAAGCUCUAGUUCGGUACAAUGAAGUUCAACUUGUUAACAACGAGCUACAAAAGAGCUUAAGUGAGGGCACUUAUAAGCAGAAGCAAACUACCACGACACAAGAACCUCGAUAUUUGGAUCAUCAAUUGAGCAAGUUGUCGACGAGUAGGAAUACGCCGCUUUCAAAUAAACAACCUCCAGAUGCGGACCGUAGCACAAAUUCCUUGUCUUCUGUAUCGGAACAGAGCCCAUUGUACUGCCAUACAUCUGCAAACCAAUUGCCCAGCCAAGUGAGUCCCAGUCAAAACCUCAGUAACAGUACACAGAAACGCUUAGUUCGUUUCAGUCAAGAAGGAGACUCAAAUAUACCAGUUGGUGCAUCUUCAGGAAAUGCAGGUGGGUCCAGCCAUUUGGGAAGUUCAGUCGUAAGGCAAACAGACGGCAAAGAUCAAAAAAGCCCAAGGCAAGAUACCUUGUGUCAUCUCUCUAUUGAUAACGAUCCUUACAAGGUGCCACCCAAAACCCCCAGUGGUGCAUUAGAGGAUGUAGUUAAGAAGCUAUUAACCUUACAGAAUGAAAUCGCUAGAACUGAAAAUGUUUCUGGUACUGGGCGUGUAUCAUCAAACUCCCUUGCUGAAUCAACGGAUGGUACUUCUAAGGCAGAUAACACUACCGAAUCACAAGAGUCAAAGCAAAUGUUAGGAAUGAGUGAAAGCACUGCCUCGUCUGAGAGAGAUUCAAACAAGGAAUCUUUCCAGCGUUACUCCAGGAAUCCUGAACAUAAUUCUGCAGAAACAGUAUCAUUAAAUCAGGGAGCAGAUAACCAAGGGCUUGUUAAGGACCAACACAACAACAACUGUUGUUCAUCUCGUAAUCAGGACAAAGCCAGUGAAGACACUUCAGUUUCUCCUUCAAGUCACAAUGUAUUAGAUACUGACUUUGACAAGAUGCAAACAGAAAAUGAACCACCCUCGUCUGUACGUAAUGUACGUAAUGGAAAUGGCAAUGCAGCUGAAAAAGAAACUGAAUAUUUUCCGGCCACUGAGGAAGAAGAGCAAGGCAAUGAUGAUGGUGAUGGACAGGACAACAGUGUCGGAGAUUGGCAAGAUUGCUCUUCACCUUGUCUAUCAGGUCUCGCUAAAGGAACUGAAAAUAAAGACCCACAAGAUUCAGAUGAUGCUGAAAAUGAUGACAGUUCCCAAGACAUUUAUGCAGCUAUGAUGUCUCCUAUUAUACCACGAAUGGCUGCAGCAAGACGUGUUCGCUCACGCUCAGAUGUACACACUACAGAGGAUACUUGUGAUGUGAACACAAACACCUCAAGCAUUGAUUCUCCAAUAAAGAAUGUGAACAGUGAAGACCAGAAUAUGGAGUGUGAUCCUGAACCUAACCAGACCUCAGAUGACAGAGAACAGGGUUUUAAGGAUAGCCAGCUGGAAGGUAUUAGAACGUGUGCCACAGUGCACAGUGCUGAUGUUCAUUGCAAUCAACAGGAACAUAGAAGUGACAAUGAAAGCAAAAGUGAACAAGAGAAUGCAGUCAAUGACCAAGAACAUGUUCCAUUAUCAUUUGAUGUUACCAUGGAGGAAAUACAACUGGAGGAAGAUACACAAGUUUCUUCAACUGGCGGCAUUGUCACAGAUCUCAGUGAUACCCAGCAGGCUACAUGUAACACCAAAAUUCAGGAAAUGCCCGAAACGAAUCUCCCAGAAGAACAACUGUCAACAGAAUUAAGUGAAGGACAGAGAGAUUUACCGGCGUCUGUGCCUGUCCUAAAUGCUAAUGUGAAGUUAGAAGCAAGUGAUGGCCCAUGCAUGGGUGGAGUAGCUCAAGCGAUUAAUAAAGUAGGCCAAGAUGAACAAUAUCAGAAGUGUCAGGUUAAUCCUAAAGCGAUUCCUAAACAAAAUUUUGUGUACCUUAACAGCACUUUCCAGGAAACGCCUAUCGUAAGAGACUUUGAAGAGAUCAAAAAAGCGUCAUUUACAUUACCGUCGUCCAGUUCUUUGUUCAAGGAAAAUGUUGAUGAGAAGGGCGUUUGUCGAGUCUCAGUUGAUUCCAAGACGAAAGUAGAAUUUAACAAUAAGAAUACUGCAAUAAACAACGAACCUUCCCCACCCUUAAAUACAUCUCCUUUGCCGGUACCUCGUCUUGCUCUACGUAUCAUGAACGGAAAUACUGUGAUUAUGUGGGACCUGCCUCCUGACAACAAAAUUACCGACAUUAGCCUCUUUGAGGUAUACGUGUUUUUGAAAAACAAGGAUGAACGUUUACGGCAGAACCAUACUGGCCGGUGGAUUAAACUCGGUGAAAUGAAAGCUAUGCCUCUUCCUAUGGCAUGUACGUUACGCCACGUAAUACAGAAGAAUGUUUUGUACUCCUUUACUGUGCGAGCAGUAGGCAGCAAUGGAUUGGCUGGACCAUGUAGUAAACCAUGCUCUUUGAGCUCUAUAUAACAUUGGUGGGUUCUUCAAAAUAAUUCUAAUCAUUUUUGUUUUAGCAUCUGUUGUGUGUUGCACUAUUAUAUUUGUUUCUAAUUCAGUAUUAAAGGAGCUGCGUCACGGUUUGUGCAUCUUGAAAAGUUCAGACUAAAUUUUUCAAGUUUGUCGUUUGUAAAACGCGUUAAUGUACUGCAUGCUUAAUCAACCUUGUUCCUUUAUGGUUGAUUACUACCUCUUUAGUACCUCUCUAUCUUAGUAAACUACUAUUUUCAGGUUUGUACGAGGUCAAACUAACUCAAAAUAUCGUGACUGAGCUCCGUUAAAUAGUUUACUAGAUUCUUGAUGGAAUGAGUGCCCCUAUUGUAGAGAAUCUCUCCCAGAGAAACAAUGUGAACAGUGUACGAAAUAUUUAAUCAACUCUGGGUGUUUCGAGCUUUAUGCAACAACCAAGAACGUAUUUGAGUAGGAUAAUGUUUCUUCUCUUCAUAGAUUAUCUGGCUUUCAUUAUAGACUAUCCAACCAUUCGUUAGGACACUUCCAUAAUACGGGCACCUCUCUG